AUGCAAGUGAAGGUGCACGCUCCUAAGUUGCCUUCUUACAGCCCGGCAGCCCGUGAGAAGCGCAGAGGUGCCAAACAGGAGCUACAUGUCGUCUCCUCAACGCUUGCGUCAUCAUCUGAGCGUCCGCCCUGUCCUUUGGCCGCCGUCGGGACACGCAUACGGCUGAUCCCGUCCCGUAACCGCCUCGCAAGGGGACGCGUGUCGCAGAGACAGGCAGAUGCCUGGCCUUGGCCGCUGGGUCUUAACACAAGUUACGGCCGUCUCUGUCCCCGCUGCCCCGGCGCCGGGCUGUCAGCAGGAGCGCUGUGUCAGGCCGCCCUGUUAAGCCCCAGCAAGACGGAGGAUAGGGGCGUCGCGUGGGCCCGUCCUGCCCCACCACGAAGCGGACCGGCGUCGCGUCCUUCUCUGGCGGGCUGCCGCGAUAGCCGCUGCCGCGCGGGGGAGACAUCGUCUGGGCCUGGGCCUGGGCCUGGGCCUGGGCCUGGGCCUGAGCCUGAGCCUGGGCCUGGGCCUGAGCCUGGGCCUGGGCCUAAGCCUGAGCCUGAGCCUGAGCACGGGAGCUCUUCGGGAUUCCCCGUCACCGGAGGAACAGAUGUCGUCAUUGUCAAAAAUGGCAGAAGAAUAUGUGGCACGGGAGGCUGCUUAGCCAAUGCACCUUUGCAUCAGAACAAGAGCUAUUUUGAGUUUAAAAUCCAGUCCACAGGGAUUUGGGGUAUUGGAGUUGCAACUCAAAAAGCAAACUUGAAUCAAAUUCCUCUUGGUCGAGAUGUCCAUAGUCUGGUGAUGAGGAAUGAUGGAGCUCUCUACUAUAACAACGAGGAGAAAAAUAGACUGCCAGCAAACAACCUUCCUCAGGAGGGCGAUGUGGUGGGCAUUACAUAUGAUCAUGUAGAAUUAAAUGUGUAUUUAAAUGGGAAGAACAUGCAUUGUCCAGCUUCAGGAAUCAGAGGGACUGUCUAUCCAGUGGUAUAUGUUGAUGACAGUGCCAUUCUGGAUUGCCAGUUCAGCGAAUUUUAUCAUACACCUCCACCAGGGUUUGAAAAGAUCCUCUUUGAGCAGCAGAUCUUCUGAAGAUCUUCAUACUGAAAAAUUGCACCCUGCACUGUUACAGAGCUUUGUCGUCUUAAAUAAAGCUUCACGUUACCUUUAGGAAACAUACCUGUAUUUUUAGUAAGUACUGUUGUCUGCAGAACGAAUGCAUUAACUGCAACACCAGAUGACUGUGUUGUAAAAGGCUAGGUUUCUGACAGUGUUUUGUGGAUGAAAAUCAUUUAUUCAGGGCAGGGUUUGUUUUUUUUUUCUGAUUUGUACUUGGUGCAUAAGGAAACCAAGGGAUAUUGUUGACAUCAGUAUUAAAUUCGGUAUUUUGAAUCAAUUUGAGCCCUGUAAAGCAAAUAGUUCUUAUGCACAUGAUAGCUAUGGAGAUUGAUAUUUCUUAGGAUUUUUCCUGAUUUUUCCACACAGAAGUUAUGUACCUUGUUAAAAGGAAGCACUGUGUUUCUAGUCUGUGAUUUGGAAUUGCGGUGUCCUGGUUGUGCUCAAUGACUAGUAAUACGAUGGCAUAACUGGCAGCUAGAUUUUUUUUUUUCUUUUGCAAGGUGUAAUUUAUCCAUUUCCUCGAUCUUAACAUGGCAAAUAUAACUUAGCAUUUCUCCUAGCUUUUCAUUUGCUUUGACUGUGACAAAUAAUAUGACGCUGUUUAGUAAUUGUUCAAAUGUUAUUUUGCUGAACCUUAAAAAGUAAACCUGAGCGCUAGCUAUAUUUUUGAGGACCAUCAUGCUGUGUUACUCUGGUAGCAGAGUAAGUACAGAUUGCUCAACUUGGGUAUGCCAAGAGACAAAGUGAAGGGUAUGAGAUGUUAUGUGAAGCCUUACAUAUAAACUGUAAAUCAGAUUAUUCUUUUAUGAAAUAUCUUAUUUAAUUUCUUUAUGAAUCAUUUAUAAAUGAUUAAUGGCUAAGACAUUGUUCUAAAAUGUGAUGCCCAUAAAUAUAAAUUAUUCUCCUCUUGUCGUGUA